AAUGUAGCAGAUGCCUUAAACUUUAGCAAGGAAAGGAUUCACUAAUCAGCAGUUAGUUGUUAGUUGUAAGAUGAGGAACGUAUGAACAUUUUUUGUGUGCCAGUUGUCAUAACUCACUCGCUAAAUAUGUUUAGUCUCAAGAGGACUGAUACUGCAAUUUGCAGACAGCAGAGCAGCAGGUGGUUCUGACAGAGUCAUGGUGAACUAUACUGUCUCUGCAGCAGGCUUGCCAGUCCAAGUAUUUUGUUCAGCUCAGUCCACAAAUGGCAGUCAGUACACAAGACAACUGUCACGAGGUCAAGGCUCUACGUUUGUACUUGCACAUCCUGAAGCAUUUCUUCGUUCAACUUCUUCUCAGUUUGUUGGCUCUCCACUUGACAUUUUACUUUAUUUGGAUCCUCCGCCUUCCACUAAAGAAGGUGAUAGUAUCGAUGUUGCUUUUCGAUGUGCAGCUGAAGGACUUGCAUUAAAUGAGACUGAUUUGACAUUUAAGUCACAAGCUUUAUGCAGAAAAUUUGGGGACAGCACAGAUGUUAACUCAACACUUUUGAACAGUACAGUACAACUGUCUGACGACUUACAUAUUAUUGUAUCUCCAGAGAUGUUACAGUUUCGGCAAGCAGUUCAAUAUCAGACUGUUACAAUGAGACUUAGUGCUGGGUCUUUGUCUUCACCCAACACAUCUCUCAUAUUGUUGACAUGUUGCUCUGUUGUGCCAACUGAUUCCAGAAUUUUGCAGGCAUAUAGUGAUCUAGUUGCCAAUCUUUUGAUUGAGGUGCAUAUUUUGCCGAAUGUAGAGAGUACUGCAAAUCCCACCAGCACAUCUGCAGAUUCAACUUCAGUAUCUAUGCCUUGUUCAUGUGACUUUACAUUAAUGGUUUGUGACAUUAACUGCUGCUGUGACCCUGAAUGCACUACAGCAGAUACAACACUGUUUGGAGACUGUUUGCCGGGCAGUUCUGUGACUGCUCAACAAUUUGACAAGAGUUGUUCUAUGAAUAGUGCAAAUGAAGACAAAUGGCAUGAUGUGAUGUGUGUAAUCAAAGACAGUAAUCCAAGCAAAGGCCUUGUAUACGAUUCUGUUGAUGUGGCCAAUGAUGGUUCAAAGUAUGAUAAUCUGAGACUCAACAUGGCCGGUAUUGUAUCUUAUUCUACUCUAGUUGUUAGUAAUUCAUUUCUGAGAGAGACAGGACAAUCCGUUUAUCGAUCAGGCGAUCCAGUAGUCACUACCAUAACACACUUGAGUGGGUUAACCACAGUAGGGCAGUUAUCUCUGCCAUUUACCACUUUGACAGAACAAUGCUCAGAGGUUGGUCCUAUUGGCUACCUUACCAACUCUCAGACUGCAUGUAGUCGUUUGGUAUCUGCUGUUAGCUGUACUUCUGUUUCACCAUUGAGCAUUCUGUUCUAUUUGAUUCCUGAAACGUUUGUAACUAGAGAGUGUCCUUCAUCGCACACAGUUAGAGCAUCACCUCAGUCUGAUGUCAAAGCUGUAUACCGUUACGAGUACUACUGUGGAUCUGCUCCAGAAACAGUGUCAUUGGCUGGCUUAGCAUGGAACUUUUCUCAGGAUUUGACAGAUCAAACUGGUGUUAGUGGGUUUGCUGAGAAAAUGCUUUGUGGCGUUUCUAGCAUGGACAAUUUGCAAAGUGUACCAUUGGAAACUUCAUUCAAUGACGAUACUGAAGUGUGUGAGAAUGUUGUUCAGCGUCUUCAAUACAUAUUAUAUUGGAAUUCAGGCAAUGUCGUGGCAAUUCGAGCUUUGUACUUACUGGCCAACAUCUCUCUCAGUGAAGAAGAAAGCAGUACAUUCAUAUCAUCGGGUGAUAUCAAUAAUGAAACUAAUAGGCAAGUCAAAUUGUCACAAAACUUUGAAGUCAAAUUUGUGUAUGUACCCAAAGAAUUUCUGAGUAAUUCAUUACUGAAUCUCUCCUUGCCAGAAUUGGAUGCUGCUCUAAAUUCUUCAGGAGUUCUAUCUGGUAAUCCUGGAUAUUCUAUUGCUACAAGUGGGUCAUUGGUUAGUGGAAUAUUUGAUUACAACUCUAAUCGAGUCAAUGUGAGUAUUAAGAACCAACUAAGAGUGUGGCAGUCUUUAUCGGACAGUUCUUGUUCUCAAGUCAGGAGACAGUCUAUAGGUUUUGGUCAUGAUUUGUUUUCUGGCUGUUUGUUGACUUUGUCUUUGGAAGACCUGAGAGACAGAUGUGAUGAGGUUAGGCAGAAAGUGAAUGAAGAACAGGAAACAUUAGUAGCAGCCACCCAUGUUGGUCGAUAUGCGACUUCAGAUCCACAAGUUGAAACCGAAUGGGUUCAAAUUAUAUUCAAUGGCAGCAACACCAGUUUCUCUAAUUCCAGUUUUGCGAAUUCCACUUCUUUGAAUUCCAGUUCUUUGAAUUCCAGUUCUUUGAAUUCCAGUACUCUGAAUUCCAGUACUUUGAAUUCCAGUACUUUGAAUUCCAGUACUUUGAAUUCCAGUACUUUGAAUUCUUCAAACAGCUUGUGUUCUUUUGUUCUUUCACACGUGGCUAUUACUGUGGCUUACUCGAUGCUGACCAAUGAUGAAACGGUUGCUGACCAAUGGCAGAUAGUGGGAGUUAAAGUCGAUCUCUCAUAUGGUGAUUGGAAAUUUACGUGCUUGGAUUCAGAGUGUGACAACUUGUCAACUAACAAGUUUUUGGUCACUAGUGCUGUCCAGUUUGUUAGAGUUCCACUAGUGCGAGAACCACGGUUAUCAAGGGCAGAAAAGGCUUCAAGAGAUAGUAAAACUUGUAAAUAUGACUCUUGUUUCUCUGAUCUCUGUUACCCUUUUAAGGACAGAGAUAACUAUGAAAGUAAGAGCAAGACUAUGGCAUGGACUCUUUUCUUUCUGUUGCUCUUUAUAGUGGUAUUGGCUGUAGUUCAGACGUGCACAGUAUGACAGGUGGUACGUAGGAUGAUUGAGUUGUGAUUGCUUGUAAAUCUGUACAUAUUUUACUUUAACUUGGGCUGUUGUUGCAAGUGUCA